AUGUCUGGCAGGGGAAAUACUUACAACGGCGCCCCGCCAAAAUACAUCAAUGACUUCAGCAAGGCGCUCGCAAGCGAGGUUCGCAUCCUCCUCGCAGAGGUCGGUCGCCUCAGGGACGAGCGCAGGCAGCUUCAAUAUGAAAUUUCAGAGCUCAUGAGUUCGAGGUCCAAACAGGGGGCCGGUGGGGAGUACACGCCAGAUUGGCGUCCCAAGGGCGCUGCAGAACCGCCCCAGCCAACACCCGCGCCGCCGCCACCCCCAGAGAGCGCUACGGGUGACGCGCCUACACGCCCAGCAUGGCGUACCGUGAACAAGCGCGAGGAGCUCCGCCAGAAGGCGAAGGCGAAGGUGCUGCCUGCCCCCGAGGCCGUGCGUGCAUCUGAGCCGCCCGCUCCGAACUUGCCUGCGUGGGCACAGUGGAAGCCGAAUCCGCUGUUGUCGCCUGAACCCCGUUUAGCGACGGCUGGUGCACCGCUACCCGUUGUACCUGGAGAGGAGGGUCUCUUCGGCCCACCUACACCUCCCCCGGUGUGA